CCCCUAGGCUUCCCCCUCGUCUUAUCCACACUCUGCAUCUUUAACCUUGUUUUAAACCCUUCACUGAUCACUCACUUACUCUUCUUCUUCUUCGUACAUGUCUAUCACUUCUUCCACUUCCUUCAAGUCCCUCACUAUGGCCGAGUCCUGCCUCCUCUCUUCUCCCUCCUCACUCUUCAACAACAAAACCAAACCCUCUCUAUUCUCACCCCCCUCCAAACCCCUCACACUCCAAUUCUCAUGCAUCAACUCCUCAGUCUCUCUCUCCCUCGCCGCGCGAGCUCACCGCUCUCCCCUCGUCACGCGCGUGGCCCAAACUUCCGAUUGGGCCCAACAAGAAGAAGACGACACCGCCACCUUCCAAGACGAAGAACAGGGCCUUAGUGAAACCCAAGCGGGCCUUUCCAGUUGGGAGCCCAACGGCGAAGACGCCGGAGAAGAGAGCUUCGCCGAACCGCCGGAAGAGGCAAAGCUCUUCGUUGGGAACUUGCCUUACGACGUUGAUAGCCAGAAAUUGGCCAUGCUCUUCGAACAAGCCGGAACCGUUGAAAUCGCCGAGGUUAUUUAUAAUAGGGAAACUGACCAGAGUCGCGGUUUUGGGUUUGUGACGAUGAGUACCGUUGAAGAAGCUGAGAACGCCGUGGAGAAAUUCAGUCGUUACGAUUUUGAUGGAAGAUUGUUGACUGUUAAUAAGGCUUCUCCAAGAGGAACUCGGCCGGAACGCCCGCCGCCUCGUCACUCCUUUGAGCCUUCCUUAUCAAUCUAUGUUGGUAAUUUGCCAUGGGAUGUUGAUAAUACCCGGCUGGAGCAAAUUUUCAGUGAACAUGGUAAUGUGGUGAAUGCUCGGGUAGUCUAUGACAGGGAGACUCGUCGAUCACGUGGCUUUGGCUUUGUCACAAUGUCUGAUGAGACGGAAAUGAAAGAUGCGGUUGCUGCUCUUGAUGGUCAGAGUUUGGACGGAAGGCCAAUUAGGGUGAGUGUUGCCGAGGACAGGCCAAGGCGUGGUUCCUUUUGAGCGUUAUCUCAUGUAGUUCCCCAUGUCAGCUGCUGGAGUUAUCUUGCAUUUUUUUAAUAGCUGAGGGGGAUAUACUAUAGUGUCAAUUUUUGUUCAAAGGAAAAUCCUUUCUUGGGGCACCAAUUUCAGAUUAGAUUUACGUAUUUUGUUGUUAUUAGUUUAAUGCCCUGAUGAAAAUUAAGUUGUAAUUUCGGACUCCUGAGAUUGGAGAAAAGUAUACUUUGUUGUUGCCUUUUUCUUUGGGCUAUUUGUUAUUAUUUAUGAAAUGAAAAAGGGGGGAGGGAAGUUCUGUCGCGACUAUUGUAGAACUGGUUUUUUUCGAUUGUACUUAAAAUUCAACUGAAUAAAUAGCGUGCAUAUUAUUUCUAUGGUCA